GAAAGGCGGCUGUGCGGAAGACAAUGACUCAUAUGCUUUUGCUGUACUGCUUAGUGUUUCUUUUGCCCACAGAGUCUUGCAGGACACUAUGCCAGGCUGCCAGCGAAAACAAGGAGAAGGUGUCUGCCAGGCCACACGGUGUAUGCGACGGUGUCUGUGCGGACAAUUCCCACUGCACUCAACCUUGUGCUUCAGACACUCCAGGAAAUAUGGAGUUUUUAUGCAGGCAAAAUAAAUGGCACAAGAUCACUGAUACCUGCCGGACUCUUACUGCCUUCAACAUCUUUGAGGCGGAUUUGUAUUCGGAUCAACCAUUUGGAGGACAUAUAAAAGUAAAGGAAUAUGACUCUAAGUCUGAGACCAUUACAGAUAUGUUGAUGCAAAAGUGUCCGAGGGAUUUGUCCUGUGUAAUUAGGAACAUUCAGCAGUCUCCCCGGAUACCGGGAAACAUCGCUGUCAUUGUGCAACUCUUACACAACAUAUCGACGGUACUGUUGACAGAUGUCGAUGAGGCAAAGAUGCAGAGUUACAGCAUCAUGGCCAACCACAUUCUUAACAGCAAAAGCAUCUCAAACUGGACCUUCAUCCCUGACAGAAACAGCAGCUGUGUCCUGCUACAGUCAGUCAAUUCCUUUGCAAGAAAGCUGUUUAUAAAUAAACAUCCCAUUGACAUAUCAGAUGUCUUCAUUCAUACUAUGGGCACCAUCAUAUCCAGGGACAACACAGGAAAGAAUUUCACUUUUUCAAUGAGAGUUAAUGACACCAGCCAUGAGGUCACUGGGAGAGUGUUGAUCAGUAGAGACGAACUUUGGAAGGUGCCUUCUCCUUCUCAGGUCGUCAGCAUUGCAUUUCCAACUCUUGGGGCUAUCUUAGAAGCCAGUCUUUUGGAAAACGUCACUGUGAAUGGGCUUGUCCUGUCUGUCAUUUUGCCCGAGGAACUUAAAAGAGUCUCCCUGAUUUUUGAAAAGAUCAGCAAGUCAGAGGAGAGGAGGACACAGUGUGUUGGCUGGCACUCCCUGGAGAGAAGAUGGGACCAACAGGCCUGUCAAAUGAUUCAAGAAAACUCCCAGCAAGCUGUUUGCACAUGUAGGCCAAGCAAGUUGCUUACCUCCUUCUCAAUUCUUAUGUCACCCCACAACUUGGACAGCCCGAUCCUGAUUUACAUCACGUACAUAGGCCUGGGCAUUUCUAUUUGCAGCUUGAUUCUUUGCGUGUCCAUUGAGGCCUUGGUCUGGGACCAAGUGACGAAGACAGAGAUCACAUAUUUACGCCAUGUGUGCGUCGCUAACAUUGCAGCCACCUUGCUGAUGGCAGAUGUGUGGUUUAUCGUGGCUUCCUUUCUUAGUGGUCCAACGACACACCACAGUGGGUGUGUGGCAGCAACAUUUUUUGUUCAUUUCUUUUACCUAUCUGUGUUUUUCUGGAUGCUUGCCAAGGCACUCCUGAUCCUCUAUGGAAUCCUGAUUGUUUUCCAUACACUGCGCAAGUCAGUCCUGCUGGCAUCUCUCUUCUCAGUGGGCUAUGGGUGCCCUUUGGUCAUUGCUGUUAUCACAGUUGCUGCCACUGAGCCCGGCAAAGGUUACCUACGACCUGAGGCCUGUUGGCUCAAUUGGGACGUGACCAAGGCCCUCCUGGCCUUUGUGGUCCCAGCUCUGGCCAUCGUGGUAGUAAACCUGAUCACAGCCACACUGGUGAUUGUCAAGACCCAGCGAGCUGCCCUCGGCAGUUCCAUGUUCCAGGAGGUGAGAGCCAUUGUGAGAAUCAGUAAGAAUAUUGCCAUCCUCACACCACUGCUGGGACUGACCUGGGGAUUCGGAAUAGCCACAGUCAUUGAUGAUAGCUCCCUGGCCUUGCACAUUAUUUUCUCCUUGCUCAAUUCAUUCCAGGGCUUCUUCAUCUUCGUGUUUGGAACAAUCCUGGAUCCAAAGAUAAGAGAAGCCUUAAAGGGUCGAGUAACCUCUGCAAAAUGGAUCUCCGGAAUAUCAGAGAACCUUUCUUCUGAUUUCUCUUGUCACCCCACCAAAGAGCCAAGCUAAUGAACCAGGCUAUACUCCUAACUUGGGAGGUCAUACAUUCCAGGAAUGGCAGAGCCCCCAAGAGAAAUGUGCUUAUUCCUGUCUUCUUGCCUCUGGAGAUUGCGAAGGAAGCCUCUCACGCUGUGGUGCUGAUGCAGGAGGGUGUGAGUGCAGAAAGGAUGGAAGGCCCUCUGUCCAAGCUGUUCUGUGCUGCUAAACAUUUCUCUGCCAUCAAUUGUCAACAUAUAUAUAUGCCAUGCUGGGCAUCCACAGGCAACAGCAGGACGUUGUUGGGGCCUCCAGCUCCAUGUUUUUGGGUCACGUUUGUCCUCAGGAAGAGAGGUUUGGCUCAUCUUGGGAAAGGUGGCCUGGGAUGUCACCUGGCUGGAUUCUGUGGGUUGCUGAGGGAGGGGCCCUCAUGAACAGUCACCAACAGUUGGUUGACUCUAAGUGGGUCAUUGCUGGUUCUUUGUACAAAAGAAUCCAACUGCCAGCAUAUUCCACCCCUCCACAUUUAAAUUGAUUGCAUGGUCAGCUUGGCUUGGGCCUAGAUGCAAAUUCUUUGGCUGUGAACCAAGUGAAAAGUAGAGCUUUUGAACCAGAAAGGUUCUUAUUUUAAGUUAAGGAGACUGAAGCCUGGAGUGAUGGGUCACAGCUAAUCAAGGCUUGAGCCAGAGAUGGAAACCCAAGUCUGCUGGCUCCCAGUUCUGGAUUUUCUCUUGAAGACCAUGGAGCCACUGAGGGACUCUGGCUACUCUGACAAUGUAAGAUUAACCUUCACCAACAAUAUGGUUUUAUGAAACUUGGGAUGAGGAAGAGGAAAUAUAUUUCAGGUAGAGAGCUGCUCAUUUGCUUAACCUUGAAUGUAAACAAAUUCAACAUACAAACUAAGAGCCACAUGAUAGGAGAGCAGUAUUACAGGUAGAAGUCCUUCUAGAAAAAAAAAAUAGAAGCUCUCUUAUAAAGCAAGCACACAGGCUGUUGUAGCAGAAGAAAGUUAGUGGAUAAAGUAAAAGGGGCAAUGGCUAGCCCUUAAUUAUCCUACAAAGAAGCUGGUAUGAAUGAUGCUACAUUACAAAUGGGAAAGUGAGACUCACUUUGUGAAUGAGUGAGGUCUCUCUCUUUUUCUUUUGGUGAGGAAGAUUAGCCCUGAGCUCACAUCUGUUGCCAAUCCUCCUCUUUUUGCUGAGGAUGAUUGGCCCUGGGCUAACAUCUGUGCCCAUCUUCCACCAUUUUAAUAUGUGGGACACCUGCCACAGCAUGGCUUGACAAGUGGUGCAUAGGUCCACGCCUGGGAUCCGAACCUGUGACCCCCCCCAGCUGCUGAUGCAGAGCUUGAGAACUUAACUGCUAAACCACCGGGCCAGCCCUUCUCUCUCUCUCUCUCUUUUUUAGCUACAAAAAAACUUCUGCUAAGUAGGGAAGUUUGUGAAAGCAAAAUAUAACAAAGACGUCAAUCAGAAAGUAGAAAAAUACACCAACCUGGAGCAUGAGUCAUCUUUCAAGUGGCAUUGCUCAUCCUGGGACGACAGUCACAGCCUUCUCAAAUGGAUUCAGAAAGUGGUUUUAAUUUGACAUUUCCCAGCGUAUCUGUUGGAUCUCUUCAAGGGAAGGGAGUGGGACAGGCUCCGUCCCAGUUUUCUCAAUGCAGAAAUUUCAGUACAGAGAAAUGUCACUUACCCAGAGUCAAUAUAUUGAAGUGAGGAUGGAAUCUCA